UGUUCUUACCAGGCAUGUAAAAAGCUCAAUCAGAUUGAGCUUUCUGAGUGUGAAAUAUAUGCCUCUUGUGAGCCCUGCCCCAUGUGCUUUGGCGCGAUCCACCUUUCACGAAUUAAGAGGUUGGUUUAUGGAGCCAAGGCUGAAGCAGCUAUUGCUAUUGGCUUUGAUGAUUUUAUUGCUGAUGCGUUGCGGGGGACUAGCUUCUAUCAGAAGUCCCAGUUGGAGAUCAAGAGGGCAGAUGGCACCCAGGCCAUCAUUGCAGAACAAGUCUUUGAGAAAACAAAGGAGAAGUUUCAGAUGUAUUAGGCGUUUUCAUUUGUUCGUUAUGCUAGUUGGGACUGUCUUUACUUCUAAUUCUGAACGAUAAGCUUCGCCUUCAAUGCAAUUGUUCAAUAAUGAUUUCCAUUCAAUGGAGCUUGAAACGCUGAUAUGCUUUAUCAUGUUGAACUUCAGAUUUA